AUGUUGCACGAAUUGGACGAAUUGCACGAAAUGGAUGCACGACAAGCUGCGCAAUUCGGAAAUGAACAACGACUUAGACAAAUGUUAGAUGAUGGCGAAUGUACGCCGAAUUCGCUUGACGCCGACGAUUGCUCUUUGCUACAUUGGGCUGCAAUUAAUAAUCGUAUCGGUGUUGCUCAGUUGUUGUUAGAGCGUGGUUGCAGUGUUAAUGCAGUUGGUGGAGUUUUGGCUUCAACACCACUGCAUUGGGCUGCGCGACAUGGACAUUCUCAUAUGGUUGCAUUAUUAUUUUUGAAUGGUGCUGAUCCGAAUUUGAAAGAUGUCGAAGGUUUUACAGCUUUACAUGUUGCUGUUCAGUUUGGACGCACAGCAACUGCUGCAUACUUGAUUGCUGUAGGUCAAAAUGUUGAUGAAAGAGAUGAAACCAUGAUGUCACCUCUGAUGUGGGCAGCUUACAAGGUAUUCGUCACUAAAUUUUUUUUAAGAGCUUUGUUUUUAAAUUUCAAAUAA